GCAGUUCUGUGGACUCCGAACGCAAAUCGAGGGAACGCGAAGGGGGGAAUAGAGGUGAGGGGAGGGAAGAAGCCAUGAUCGGUGUGGGAAAGAUCAAGCAGUACACCAACGUUCUCGACAAACCCCUCAGUAGAGGCCGGCAAGAGGUCAGCUUGAGUGCAUUCGCAUUUUUGUUCUCGGAACUGGUGCAAUACAACCAGACUCAAGUUGAUAAUAUUGCAGAGUUGGAGAGAAGGCUUGAAGAUGCUGGCUAUGCUGUUGGAGCAAGAGUUCUUGAGCUUCUUUGUCAUAGAGAGAAGGGUAACAGAAGGGAGACACGUCUGCUUGGAAUUUUAUCUUUUGUGCAUAGUACUGUUUGGAAGGUGCUAUUUGGAAAGGUGGCGGACUCACUUGAGAAAGGAACUGAACACGAAGAUGAGUACAUGAUAAGUGAAAAAGAGCUUUUGGUUAACCGAUUUAUAUCAGUACCAAAGGACAUGGGAGCAUUCAAUUGUGGGGCAUUUGUUGCUGGAAUCGUGAAGGGUGUCCUAGAUGGUGCUGGUUUUCCUGCUGUUGUGACGGCACACUUUGUUCCAGUGGAUGGUCAACAACGACCACGCACUACAAUUUUAAUAAAGUUUGCGGAAGAGGUGCUCAGGAGGGAAUCAAGACUGGGCUGAUCCUCUAUGGUGUUAUUUAGCAAGUUGAGGCAUACCAAAGCACUUCUGAUUACUUCUGCAGCUACUUGGAUCUUUUUAUUGUUGAUGUGUGCAAUCUAACUCCCAUGAUAUUCUGCAUUUAUAUAAAUCAGGUUUCAUCUGAAUUGUGGUUACCACU